AUGCUACCUUCAAAAUAUUAUUACUAUUACACCUUUACUAAGAAAAAAUGGGGCAACUUAUCAUAUGAUGAACAAAUACCAAAUAAUGCAUCGGCCUUAAAAAAUCAUGAAGUAGUUUAUAAUGCACCAAAUGAUGAUGAGUUGAACAAUGAUAAGCCUGAUUAUGAUGAGUUGGAUGAUAGUGAGUCCAAUAAUUAUGAAGUAGAUGAGCUGAAUUAUUAUGACAGUAAUAUUAUAGAUGUAAAUAGCUAUGAAGAAAUGCAAGAUAACAAAGUAAUAGAAAUUGAUUAG